GUUGUUGGAUAAGUUUCCUAUGCCACCAAGAAUGAGUAAGAAUGUCGGAACAACAAGGUAGAAAGUCAAAGUGCCACAGCCACAGGGACAUCACAGUCAUUCACCAGAGACGAUUUGUGUAGUGUAUUCCUUUAUUUGACGUCCUCGCUAUUAGCCAAAUUUAAACGACCUUGUUGCAUAAUGAAAGAGCAAGAACAACGAACAGAAGCCUUAUGCGGCAACACGAGUAUGAUGAUAUCGACAGACUUGUGUAGAAAGAAGUAGAACAAAAAAACAACAAGAACUAUUAUGCUGUUGCUGCCGCUUCUCUGGGUGAUCCACCAGUGAUUCUAGAUUUUUUACAGAAGAAGUGCAGCGGCUGCGAGAAGCGACGAGGGCCGUUGAUUUAUUCCACGAAGGAGCUAAUAUGACGUCUUCGCGCCAGAAGCACCAGCGCGCCGAGCAUAGCGGAAAGCAUGGUGGGAAAGAGAGCGGCAAGGGCGCGGUGGUAGGAAUCGUUUUCGCCGUCGCACUAGCCGCCGGUCUCUACAUGUUCCGGGGUCCGGUGGGCUCCUUCGUACUGCCGAAGUUUGUCCUUACAAAAACCAUAUCAAAUGCAAAAGUGUUUGGGUCUGGAACAAAGCAACUUGUCAUGCUAAAUCUGAAUCAUGUGAAAAUCUGUGUUGCGUGGUUGCCAAAAGGAAGCUGUCCACUUUUAACCUAAUCCAGAGGCAGUGUCUCAUGCAGCGUAGGCAUGAUAGAACUCUCACAGAAUCUGUCAUGCUUUCUCCUUCAAACCAGACCUCAUGGGUCAUGGGCAACCUGCAUGACAAGUCUGGCACUCUUCCAGACCCAGACACUUUUGCAGUUGAUAAGCCACCAGCGCAAAAAAGCCGGACGGCGAAUUCGCCCUGCUGGGUUGGGCAAACUGGCUGGAAAAAGUGGGAACCAGUGCGGACGUCGUCAGAUGCUGUUACGCGGUGGUACUCACUUUUUUAUAUUUUGUUUAUUGACCACUCGUUUGCGUCAUUAAUAAUCCGUUGCCGUUUCAUCUCACUGCUCAAUCAAGUUCUUCUUCUGCUAGCUUUAUGCGUGACUUUCACUUUACAUGUUGACGCCGACAGAACAUUUUUUCUCUGCAUGUUAAUAUCGGCGGUCGUGUUGAGACAAAGCCAAAACUUGAACUUCAUCACAGAACUUCAAAGAGAUGCACGAUUCCUGGUGCAGCACAAACUCGAGCCUGUCUAUGAUGGACGACGGGAUAAAGAUCCUGUCCCAGUGCAGCGAGAACCUUCGGGGGCGCACAGAAUACCCAAUCGAGAGCUUCCACGCCGACAAAUACGAGGGUAAGGUCAGGCACUCCACACGGGGAAGCGGCGCCGUUUUCCUCAUUAGCGAGUUCAAGAGAAGGGCAAGCAGGCUGAAGACGGCGAAACCGAGUGAUGGUAUCUACCUAAACCCUAAACUACUAGAGAAGCAAAAGGGUUCUCCUCAAUCUAAGCUAGCAUGAUUUUGAACUGAUAGUGAUAAAGCAAACUUGUUUGUCCCAGAACAAGUAGACUUCAUUCGAUGCUGCUACUUGCCUAGGAGCGAUGUUGAGAUGAUAAAGAUGCAUCAUUUUGCUACGAUCAUAGCACCCCUACAACAACAGCAAUCUCCCCUAUGGCUGGUAGUCCAGUGUGCAAGAUCUUGGAGGGCUGCGCCAACGACAAAACGAAAGGCGAGAAACCCUGCCGGGAAGUGCGGAAGUUGCUCGGCGACUGCUUUGCAUAACAGGAAGAAGCAGGAGGCCAUUUUUGUGGAAGUGUAGCUUUGCACAGCAAGAAUUAGGGGACCGAACACAUCAAGGCACGACUUGGGCAACUGAGAACAAGCGACGGCCACAGGACCGCACUUUCGUGGUGCUUCUUUUGCUCGCGACGCGACUCGUGUAAAUGUAUAAUGCAUGUCAACACAUUGAGCGCUUCAACAUUUCUGGUCGCAAACCAGAGCUGCGACAUAGGGAAACGCGAAACAAUAACACCUGGUGUGUGACCUCUUCAAGCCACUGGCACUGGAGGUAUAGAGAAAGAACCCAAAGACAAAGAGUCAAUAAACUUGAGCGAUCUUUUCACGCACGUCUGCGCAAAGAUACGAAAAGACGUCAAGCAUAGUGCGACACUAAAAAUCUCUCUGGCGGGCCGCGAAUUUCGGCUGGGGUGCCUAUGAUCUGCGGUGUAUAUGCAGAUUGGCAGACACGGUUGUGACAACUCUGAAGAUAUUGAACUAUCGGAAUGAGCAGCC